AUGAAGACGAUUGGUGUUAUUGGAGGCAGCACAACGUUCGCCACGGAGGAAUAUUACAGGGCGAUUAACCAUGGCAUACGUCAACGAUUAGGAGGCCAUCAUACUGCCGAGAUUAUCAUCAACUCCAUGGACUUUGCAAAGAGCGCGCACUUUGUAGAAAACGGUCUUUGGAAAGAAGGAUCCGAAUUUCUCCAUGAUAAAGCUUUAAGCUUACAAAGAGCGGGUGCAGAUUUCAUCACCUGUGUGUCCAACACAUGGCACAGAUGUGCAUACAAAUUCAUGAAAGGUAUCGACAUUCCACUCCUUCACAUCGUCGAUCCUACUGCCGAAGCAAUUGCAGAGAGAGGCUACGAGAAAGUAGCUCUGCUGGGAACUAUGGUGACCAUGUCCGAGCCAUUUCUCAAAAAGCGCUUUGAGCAGUUCGGGCUUGAGAUAGUUGUCCCGACGACGGGUGCGCAAUCGUUGAUCAACUCAAUCAUCUUCGAAGAGCUAUCAAAGGGAGAGGUCAGGGAAGAGUCGCGCGCAGAGUUUCUCUCGAUUUUGGAUGAGCUCUACGCAAAUGGCUCUCAGGGGGUGAUCCUUGGCUGCACAGAGAUAGGGCUGCUGAUUAGGCAAACCGAUCGACCGAAUAUUCCCAUGUUUGACACUCUUGCGAUACAUGUGGAGGCAAUUGUACAAUUGGCUUUAAGUAACCACCCCUAA